AUGAGGAAAACCUCAGAGGAUUGUCUCACUUUGUCUCCAGACUGGAAAGUAGAAGAUGAGGACAUCACACAGUAUAGUCCAGGAGGAAACCUGGCUCCCUCCAAUGUCCACCCAGCACCACCCAGUGUAGAUGGACCAUCGGAUUCCUCGUAUCCUGAGGAACCUCAGACUGUGCGGGACCGGGCCGGCCUUCCAUCAGAGAAGAGCUUCUCCUGUAUUGAGUGCGGGAAAUGUUUCCGAUUCAAAUGCAGUUUUAAUGUACAUAAAAGACUUCACACAGGUGAGAAGCCACAUAACUGCCCUGAGUGCGGGAAAUGUUUUUCAGAGAAGUCCUACCUUACCAAACAUCAGAGAUUGCACACGGGAGAGAAGCCGUAUUCCUGUCCAUCGUGUGGGAAAUGUUUUGCAAAUAGAUCAAAUUUUGUUAGACAUCAGAGGUCUCACACGGGGGAAAAACCAUAUUUCUGUCUGAAGUGCGGGAAAUGCUUUGUGGAAAAAGCAGAUCUUGUCACACAUCAGAGGUCUCACACGGGGGAAAAACCGUAUUUCUGUUCUGAGUGCGGGAAAUGUUUUUCACAGAAGUCCAAUCUUAUCAUACAUCAGAGGUCUCACACGGGUGAGAGGCCUUAUUCCUGUCCUGAGUGCGGGAAAUGUUAUGUACAAAAAACAGACCUUGUCACACAUCAGAGGUCUCACACGGGGGAAAAGCCGUAUUCCUGUCCUGAGUGCGGGAAAUGUUUUUCAGAUAAGUCACACCUUUACAGGCAUCAGAGGUCUCACACGGGGGAGAAGCCGCACUCCUGUCCUGAAUGCGGGAAAUGUUUUUCACAGAAAUGCUAUCUUGAUCUGCAUAAAAGAACGCACACAGGUGAAAAGCCGUAUUCCUGUCCUGAGUGCGGGAAAUGUUUCCAAUCUAAAUACAAUCUUAAUGUGCAUAAAAGAUCUCACACGGGGGAGAAGCCGUACUCCUGUCUUGAGUGCGGGAAAUGUUUUUCACUGAAAUCCAGUCUUUACAGACACCAGCGAUCUCACACGGGUAAGAAGCCACAUUCCUGUCCCGAGUGUGGGAAAUUUUUUUCAACCAAGUCCAGUCUUUACAGACAUCAGAGAUCUCACACGGGGGAAAAGCCAUUUUCCUGUCCCGAGUGCGGGAAAUGUUUUGUACAGAAAUCAAGUCUUGUCAAACAUCAAAAGUCUCACACGGGGGAAAAGCCAUGUUCCUGCCCUGAGUGCGGGAAAAUAUUUUCAAAGGAAUCCCACCUCUACAGCCAUCAGAUGUCGCACAUGGGCAAGAAGCCGUAUUUCUGUUCUGAGUGCGGGAAAUUUUUUUCACGAAAGUCCACUCUUCACAUACAUCAGAGAUCACACACGGGGGAGAAGCCGUUUUCUUGUUCUGAGUGUGGGAAAUGUUUUGUAAAUAAAUCACAACUUGUCGUGCAUCAGAGGGCUCACACAGGGGAUAAACCAUAUUCCUGUUCUGAGUGCGAGAAAUGUUUUUCAACAAAGUCACACCUUUCCAUACAUCAGAGAUUGCACACAGGUGAGAGGCCUUAUUCCUGUCCUGAGUGCGGUAAAUGCUUUAGACAAAAUUCAGAGUUUACCACACAUCAGAGGUCUCACACGGGGGAAAAGCCGUAUUCCUGUCCUGAGUGCGGGACCCGUUUUUUAAGAAAAUCAGAACUUGUCACACACCAAAGGUCUCACACGGGGGAGAAGCCGUAUGCCUGUUCUGAGUGCGGGAAAUGUUUUUCAUUCAAGUCCAAUCUUUGCAGACAUCAGAGAUUGCACACGGAGGAAAAGCCGUUUUCUUGUCUCGAGUGCGGGAAAUGUUUUUCAGGGAAGUCCAAACUUUACAGACAUCAGAGACUGCACAUGGAAGAGAAGCCGUAUUCCUGUUGUGAGUGUGGGAAAUGUUUUGUACAAAAAUCAGAUCUUGUCAAACAUCAAAGGACUCACACGGGGGAGAAGCCGUAUUCCUGUCCUGAGUGCGGGAAAUGUUUUUCAUGUCAGUCACAUCUUUACAGACAUCAGAGGUCUCACACGGGAAGAAGCCACUUUCCUGUCCUGAGUGAGGGAAAAAUGUUCCUCACUGAAGUCCUGUCUUCCUGUACAUCAGGGGUCCCACAUAACCCUGGAGGUGUAUUAGUGCUGGAGUGA